AAAUUUCACCAAAAAAAACAAGUACGGGUAAUGGUAUUCACUAGGGGUGGGCGCUUGUGCCCGCAACGGGAAAAAAAACCGUGCCCGCCCGCAACCGCAACCGAUGGUUCGGGCUUUUUUGGCAUUCGGUUGGGCUGGCCUCGGUUGCGGUUGCAACCGAGAGCCUAGUCGGGCGGUUGUCGAGAACCGGCUCUUGAAAGCUGCAGCUAGCUCUGAUGAAAUGGAAGUGCAGAGAGCCGGCUCUAGAAGCUGUAGCUGGCUCUACGGGCAAAAAUUUGAAGACCAUUCUUUGGCGCGGGCGGAGAAAAGAUGCAAAGCCGGCUCCAACUUUGCAGCCGGCUGUCUCCACCAGGCUGGAUUCCGAUGGCUGCGACGAACCCAGCCUGCUGGAUCUCGUCGGAACCCAGCCUGCUCGGUCUCGUUGGAACCCAGCCUUGCUGGGUUCGACGAAACCCAGAUCUACUUGGUUCUGUCAAACCCAGCAAGGUUGGGUCCCGUCGAACCCAGCUUGGCUAGGUCUCCCUUGUUGGGUUCCGACAAGACCCAGCAGGCUGGGUUCCGACGAACCCUGCUGGGUCUCGUCGAACCCAGCCAAGCUGGGUUUCCCAAAAGGCUGGGUUUCCCAAAACCCAACCUGGGUUCCAACGAACCCUGCUGGGUCUUGUCGAACCUAGUCUUGCUGGGUUUCCCCGAACCCAGCUGCUGGGUUUGUCAAGACCCAACUGGGUUCCGAUGAAUCCAGCUUUGCUGUUUCGAUGCUGGAUUUAUGUUUUUUCAUUCUUCUUUCGAUUUUCAUUUCCAGGUGUUAAUAACUUUGAGAGUUGAUUUACAAUUUGAUUGUAUUUUUGUUGGAAUUUGGUUAGAGUUUGAUUGAUAUUAUUUAUUGAAGGGUUAAUUUGAUUUGAUUAGAUCUACUAAGUUUGAGGCUUCAAUGAAACCCAGUAACUGGG